CACGUACUUAAUCCACCGCCGGGCUACCUUGGGGCUCAGGUUUCCCCUCCAUCCGUUCAUUACGGAAUAUUUGGACAUGGUGGAGCUUCCUCCGACCCUGCUGACCCCGAACAGCUAUUCGUUGAUCAUCGGCUUUCUCUUUCGUUGUGCCGAGUUGGAUUUCAAGCCGACAACGGCUCUCUUCAUGAACCUAUAUCAAAUAGGCCGGGGUAGCCACCAGAACUGUGCCGGCUAUGCCAAUCUGCAGCAGGUGAAGAAUAGGAGGUCCUUCACUGAUCUUCCAACGUCCAUCCAUGGGUGGAAAAGUAAGUUCGUCUUCGUGUCACUGGGCGAGAGUGGGACCGAGUUUCCUUCCGUCGGCCACAGCGGGAGAUUUAACCUCCAUGAUGCGCCGAAGAGUUCAAUCUUGGACGCUCAAGUGGCGGCGUUCUUGGAAGGAGGGUCGAGGAGCGUGAAAGAAUAUAUCACGGAGUAUAAGAUGGCCGCCCUCGGCUUCAUGAGGUACUUCGUCUACGAGGAUGCAGAGAAUGAUGUUGAAAUUUGGCCGAAGAUGACUACCACCUUUGAGGAGGCCGAUGGCCCGGAUUUGGGCGUUCCCGCCGAAGCCAAUGGUAAUGCUUCCUCAACAUACUUGAUCCUUUUUUCUUUUCUACCCUUUGCCAAUGUUUGUUUUCUUUUCGUGCAGACUUUGUCAUGGAUCGCAGAUCCGUCAUGAGCAGGGCUAAGGCAAAGGUGGCCGCUGAACAGGCCGCUAAAGAUGCUGCGAAGCUGGCCGCAGAGACUGGAGCACAGCCGAGCUCUGGACAGCCAUCGAAGCCGCCCACCCAGUCGAAGAAAAAACGACAAGCCGACGAUGGCCAGAAGAAGCUGAAUGAGGCGGUAUGCAGUCUGCCAAGAAGUCAAAGAGGGCUUCUCCCUUGGCCGAUGCUGAUGUCGGGGUUGUGACUUUGCCGGCCGGAGACGCUGGAGGCUCCAAUACUGCUGCCCUAGUGGACUUGACAUCCGGCCCCUCGUCUACUGUUGUCUCUCAGCCUCCCCCUGUCAUCCACGACUCCCGGAAGAAGCGGUCCAGCAAGGAGUUGGUCACGGGGACUUACAAAUUGGAGGUUGAGUACCCUGUGAAGGGAGGCGUCUUUAACGAGGUUGUUGACGGUCACGACGUGAUCUCGCAAGCCGUCCCAAUCGAGGACCGGGCCUAUCUUGACAAGCUUGGCAACGUCAGGAUCUAUGACGGUGGAAUGGACCUCGUCGUCCAAGGGGCCUUCAUGGUGAUGGAGAGCCACAAGAGGCAGCAGUGAGAAAUUGCUCGGCUGAAAGAAGCUGAGCAGAAGGCUGCUUCGGCCAAGGAGGCCAUGAACUGCCUGGAGCGGCUACGAGGUGAGGUGGAGGCCCUGAAGAAGAGAGCUGACGAGGGCGAUGCGGCCUACCGUCAAGUGGCGGCCGAAAGGGACGAUGCCCUGAAGGGAAAAUAUGAGGCGUUGAAGGCACGUGAGGAAGCCUUGCGCCGUGCCGAGGAGGCGGAGAGGGCCAAAGUUGAGGCCGAGAAGGCCGCUGAGAAGGCCGCUGACGCUGCCCUUGAUAAGUUCUUGGCCGAAGGCUGGAAAGCAGAAGAGCACCGGCCAUGGUGCUAUGAGGUUGUGGCGGCCCGGCUAGAAGAUUGGGGCCAGAACAGUCCCGACGGCCAACAGUACUUUGAGAGGGAGAUGUAGGUUUACUACGACAUGGGCCAGCAACGGAUGCAACGGCUUAUCUACAGGAGGCUGCGUCGUAGAUGCCAGGAGCUGAAGCUGAACAAAAAGUUUGCUCACAAGCUGAAGUUGCCUCCGAAGAUGAAGGAUCCAGAGGAGGAGGCCAAGCUUCCGGCGGAGGAGAGGCAAGCCCCCAUCCUCAGCUCCAGCAUCGGCAGGGAGGAUUGGGAUGAUGAAGAGGUGUUCCUGGACUCUGCUUCUUCUCAGGCCGAUGAAGCCAUAAGUACGCCCGUUCCAGAUGCCGGCACAGGAGAAGCUUGAUCCCUCCUAUUUCUUUUUUUGUUGAUAUGUAACGGCCGUAGUGCCUGUAUAUGUAAAGGCCGUUGUGCCCCCCUCUUUGUAAUUUGAACUUUAUGAAUGGAAAUGUUUAGCCGCCGCUUCUGGCUUUUAUGCCUUCUUCGUCUUGUGGCACUCCCCCCUUUGUCCUUUUUGUUUUUACUUUGAAAUUUUUCUAAGUGUCAAACAAAGGCUUAGGUAGUUACUUCCUGUGGUCGUGACCGAUGAAGGGUUUCGCCCUUUGUUCGGCUGAGGGAGUGACGUCUUCCUCGUCCUUGUACUGUUUUUGUUAUCUCAUACUUUGGAAAUGUUUCCAAGUGUUUAGCUAAGAGUAGGUAGUUGUUUCCUUUGGUUGUGACCGAUGAGAGUAUUGUGACCCUUGUUCGACCGAUGGGAUUUUUUCCACUUUCGGCCAAGGAGAAUAGGUUGUUUCCCUUUCAUGCCUUAGAAUCUUUCGUCAUUCAUUGGGACUCUUGUCGGCCACUCGGGAUGCCACUCAUCGGCAUACCCCUUUUCCUUGUGUUCAACUGAUAUGCACUUAGUCAAUUUUUGGGAAUUUUGUUUUUAUGGCUCGAGGCCGACAGGUGCACGGUCCAUCGGCUUCCCUCUUUUAUUUUUGGGGAUUUCGCUUUAGGUCGGCGAGUGCACGGUCCUUUGGUUGUCCCUCUUUUAUUUUAGGGGAUUUCGCUUUAGGCCGGCGAGUGCACGGUCUUUCGGUUGUCUCUCUUUUAUUUUUGGGGAUUUCGCUUUAGGUCGGUGAGUGCAUGAUCCCUCGGUUGUCCCUCUUUUAGUUUCUUCCUCUUUACUUCUUUGAGCGAGGAGUGGUUUCCUUGUUUCAGGCUUCGGCCGAGGGGGUUGCUAUUCCUUUGGCCGGUAAGGAGUCCUACUGGAUCGUCCUAUGAUCUCGGGGAGGUCCCGUCGUCUAUUUAUGACGCAGGCUAAGGCUUUUGGUCGAUUACCAACGGCUGUCGUUCCUCAACCCCGAGUUUGGGGAUUUCUGUCACCUCGGCCAUGAUUUCAGACCUGUCGUCCUGCGAUUUUCGCGUGUGAACGACGCGGUGAGCUUCCCAUUUCAAGACGUGGACCGUUUGCGGGCCCCUCGUCCUGGGUACAUCGUCGGCUUUACCUGAGCGUCCGCUCUAAGGCGUCGAUACGAUGUGCUCUGUCUGCCUUACCUGAGCGUCUUGCUCUAAAGGGUCGAUGUAAUAUGGUAUCUUUUCCUUAAACUUUUAGAAAAAAGCAAGUAGAAUACAACUUUUAUGGAUAAGUGGCUCCAGGCCGAGUGUGGUAAUCGAUCAAUAACUCGUGGGAAGGUGAGGGCUUUGUCGGCUUCACCGUCCUCGGAUUAUUGAUAGAAUUUCACCAAGUGAUGUACAUUCCACGUUCGUGGUACAUUAGACCCAUUUGGGUGUUUAAGUUUGUAGGUGACGGGUUUGACUACGGCACUGACGAUGUAGGGGUUUUCGUACUUGAGUGCCAGCUUGCCACCUUUCGUCGGCUUGCUCGCCUCCCUUCGGCGGAGGAUGUAGUCCCCCUCUGGAAUUCCCGGGAACGUACCUUGGCGUCAUAGUAUGAUUUUACUUGACGCGGGUAGUUCUCUGCUCGGAUGAAGGUCUGCUCUCGUCUUUCUUCGAUCAGGUGGAGGUCGAUCUUCAUGCUUUCUUCGUUGGCCUCAGGUUCAUAUUGCUCCACCCGUCGGCUGGGUAUGGUGACCUCUGUGGGCGCCUUUGCCUCAAAACCAUAGCAAAAGGCAAAGGGUGUUUCGCCCGUCACCCUCCUCGGCGUGGUACGUAGCACCACAGAAUGUUGGGGAGCUCAUCGGCCCAACUACCUCCUGCGUCCUAGAGUUUCUUCUUCAGGUCCUCUAGAAUGGUUCUGUUGUCAUUCUCAACUUGCCUGUUACCUUGAGGGUAUGUAACGAAGGAGAAGCGAUGAUUGAUUCCCUAAUCCUGGAGGAGUUUUUGGAAGGGUGCGGCCUCGAACUGGGUGCCGUUGUCAGAUAUAAUCUCCUGGGGAACGCCGAAACGGGUGAGGAUGUUCUUGUGGAUGAACCUCUGGCACCUGGCCCCUGUAAUGCUUGCCAGGGCUCCGCUUCGACCCACUUGGUGAAGUAGUCGACUGCGACGAUGAUGUAGCGGUUGUUGCCGGCAGCUCUGGGCAGGGGGGCGACCAGGUCAAUCCCCCAUCUUGAGAAUGGGAUUGCGGUGCUGACCGGGCGUAGUUGACGGCCGGCCGACCAGGGGCCUUCUGAAGUACCUGGCAUGCAGUACACUUCCUUGCAAAAUUAGCACAAUCCUGUGCCAUCGUCGGCCAGAAAUAAUCUUGGACGACGAGGCGGCGGGACAUGCUGAAAGGGCCCUGGUGUGAGGAGCAGACACCACAGUGAACUUCCUCCAUGGCUAUGUCGGCCUCAUCCUGGUGUAGGCAUCGGAGAAGAGUGUCAUUGUAGGAUCUCUUAUAGAGUUUCCCAUCUUCAAUGGUGUAACUUGGAGCCAUGAGUUUGGCUAGCUUGGCCCUCUCCUCGUCCUGGGGUAGCUCUCUCGAGGUGAUGAAAGACAUGGUAUCGGUGAUCCAGUCCUUCGGUCGAUGCUGGAUGCACAUGACCGGGCUGGCAUGGAUGUUGGACAUGCUGAGCUCCUCGAUCUUGGCUAUUUUGGAGAUGUGCUCCGGAGUGUCUGUGAUGAGCUUGGAGAGGAUGUCAGCCUAACCAUUCUCCGCCCUUGGGAUCUGUGUGAUCUCAUGGGUUUCAAAUGCCUUGAGCAACUCCUCAGUCGCCUGUUUGUACUGCUUCAUCCUCCCUUCUUUGGCCUCGUAUGAGCCCUCGAUCUGGCCCACCACCAGCUUGGAGUCGCAUUUGAUCUUGAUGUGACGGGCAUUGAGGCCGGCGGCGAGUCUGAGGCCGCUGAGGAGGGCCUCAUACUCGGCUUCGUUGUUGGACACCCUGAAGUUGAAGCGGAUGGCAUAGUAAGCUCUGAAUCCUUCAGGGGAGAUGAGGACGACACCACCCCCACAUGCUUUUGCGGCUGAUGAACCAUCAGUGAAGAGGGUCCAUGUCUCGUCCGACUCUGGCCUGGGUAUGGUGGCGGCCGUCUUCUUUGCCGUGCACUCGGUGACAAAGUCAGCCAAGGCUUGCCCUUUGAUAGAUGGUCUUGGCUUAAUUUCAAUCUGGAACUAGCUAAGGAAGAUUGUCCACUUCACCAUCCUCGAGGAGCUAGUGGGGCUCCUCAUGAGGGCGCCGAGGGGCUGCUGAGUCAACACGUGGACGGCAUGGGCCUGGAAGUAGUGUCCUAGCUUCUUCACUGUGUGGACGAUGGCCAGUACCGUCUUCUCAACGGGAGAGUACCUAAGCUCGACCUCCCGUAGCGUCUUGCUGACAUAGAAAAUAGCCUUCUGCACCCCUUCAUCCUCACGAAUGAGCACGGAACUGAUGGCCGACGUGCUCACCCCUAGGUACAAAAAGAGGGUUUCACCGGCUUUGGGCUUGCAAAGCACGGGAGGGGAAGAUAGGUACUGCUUCAGCUUCUCGAAUGUUUGUUGGCACUCCGUCGUCCACUUGAAGUUGUUCGCCUUGCGCAUGAUUUGGAAGAAAGGGAGAGACCUUUCAGCCGAUUUUGAGAGGAAACGGCUCAGGGCCACCAGGUGUCCCGUCAGCCGUUGUACCUCUUUCACAUUUCGUGGUGGCUCCAUGUUAACAAUGGCCUGGAUCUUCUCCGGGUUUAUUUCAAUGCCCCUUCGGCUGACCAUGUAGCCGAGGAACUUGCCUCCCUGGACGCCGAAGGUGCACUUCUUGGGGUUCAGGCGGAGCUGGAACUUCUUCAUGAUUUCAAAAAUUUCCCGGAGGUCGUCAGCAUGAGUGGUAGAUUGCUUGCUCUUGAUGAUCAUAUCGUCGACGUAUGCCUCCAUCGUCUGACCGAGGACUGCUCUGAAGAUUUUGGCUACCAUCCUGGUGUAUGUGGCGCCUGAAUUUUUGAGACCAAAGGCCAUGACGAGGUAGCAGAAAAUUCCCUCCGGGUCAUGAAAGCCGUCUUCUCGGCGUCAUCCUCAUGCAUGAAGAUCUGGUGGUAUCCUCUGAAGGCGUCCAAGAACGACAUCAACUCGCAGCCCGCCGUCUCGUCCACCAGCUGAUCUAUGUUGGGGAGAGGGAACGGGUCCAUGGGGCACGCCUUGUUCAGACUUCAGAUCAGUGUAAUCGACGCACAUUCUGAUUGUCGGUGGCUUCUGGGCGAGGACGACGUUGGCCAGCCAGGUUGGGUACUUCACCUCCUUGAUGUGGCUGAUUGAGAGGAGCAUGGUGACCUCCCCCUUGACGAAGUUUUGUCUAUCAGCCGAAAGGUAACGCCGCUUCUAUUUGAUUGGCGUAGAGGCGGGAUCGACUGAAAGCCGGUGAGUGAUCACCUUCCGGCUGAUGCCAGGCAUAUGUCAUCGGUGUCAAUAGAGUCCCUGGUGAAGCCGGACAACGGUGUCCGUAUCGGCUUGAGCAAUGCCCUGUCCAGGUUCAACUGCUUGAAAGUGUCCAGGUACAUGACAUUGACGGAGCUCCCCGUGUCGAUGUAAGUGCGGUGGAUGAUAGAGUUGCCUAUCUCACAUCGGACGACGAGGGUGUCUCUGUGAGACGCGGGGCUCGGAGGCAGAUCCUUGUCGGUGAAGGUGAUCGCCUCCGUCCGCUGCUUCUUCGGUUGGGGGGAGCGUGGGACACUUCUCCAAUGUAAAGGGAUAUGGGCCCAUUUCUUCCUCUGGGUGGCCGAGUCUCCCCCAGUAUUGCCCCCCACAAUGAGGUGGAUGUGGUUCUUCUUCAGAGGAGGCUCCUCGAAGUCUUCAUCGUCAUCGCUAAGUCUGCCGAUCUCACGCUUCUUCGUAGAGGGUUCGCCCCCAUUUUUGACGGUGUUUACCCACGUAUUUUUGCAUGGGCCACCUUUAACAAAUUGGGAGAGUUCCCCUGGCGAAUCAGCUUCUCGAUGGCUCUCGUCAGCGUGACGCAAUCAUCGGUGUUGUGGGAGGUGUUCCUGUGGUAACAGCAGUAGGCACUGCCCUGAUGGACGGCGUAGAUUUCCUUCGCCGACCGAGGAUCCCGUUCAAUGAGAUCAUGUUCCUCGGCAUAAUCGAGGAUGGAGCUGACCGAAUGAGUGAGGGGGGUCUUCAGCCUUUCCAUCCUCGGCCGCCAUGGGCGGUCCUUCUUGUUCUGUCCGCCACCCCGUGGCGGCUCUGUCCUCCCUGACCUCGGUCCCCGGCCGAGGGCGCGCCUGGAGCUGACGCAGUGUUUGUCUUCUUGGAGGGGUGCCCUCCGUCCUUCUUGUGGCUGUGGAGCUCGUCAGCGUCAGUGUAUAAGUUUCCUCGCUGGAGCGCCUUCGUUUAGGACCUUGGAGGGUCAGUGAUGAGACUCCUCGCAUAUGGGGUGCUGCGGAGGCCGUCCUGGAAAAGGACAAGGAGGGUGCGCUUAUCAGCCCCCUCGACCUCAUUGGUCUCCCUUGUCCAUCAGUCGAUGAACGGCCGAAGUGAUUCGUCAUGUUGCUGCUUGACGGAGAGAAGGGUGAAAUAUUUCUUCGCGCGCUUUCUCCCGGCAAAGUGGGUGAGGAAGCGUUGGGCAAUCCUGCCACGAGUCUAUGCUCCCUUCGGGGAGCGCGUUAAACCACUCGUACGUUGGCCCUUCGAGAGUGGAAAGGAACCAACGGCAGAGGUAUUCAUCCGACGCGUUCACCAUAAGCAUGUUGUUUUGAUAGCGGCUAAAGUGCUCCUAAGGGUCGGAGCGGCCAUCAUCGGUCUUGAUGGCGUUUCCCCUGUAAUUCUCGGGAAUGGGAGCCGAGAGUACUCUCGCAGUGAACUGAAGGGAGUCCUAGUCCGAACUUGGAUGAUAGGGUCACCUCGUCCCUCGGCCAACUCCCUCUCCAGGGCGCUGACCUUGUGCAUGAGUGUGUUGUAACCAGGAUCCCGGGAAGUGUUGGUCGUAAGGAUGGCGCCUCCAUCUGGGCUCGUCCCGAGGGCCUUGACGGCCAUAGUGGCGCCUUGCUGGUUGCGCAUGCGGGCUUCGUGAGCCGUGUUGAUUCGAUGGGCGCAUCGUCCUUGUGCAACUUUCAUUGUUGCCUUUGUCCGGGCUAGGCCGAUCCGCUGUCCGGGAUACGAACCCCAAGCUUUCCUUUGGUGAGCCAGGCUCACGUUCACCAAUCCGCCCCGCCAUCCUCUCCGAAACAAGUCGACGGCGCAUGUCACCUAGCCUAUUAAAGGCUAAAGCUUUUCCACGCGCUGGGGCCGGUCCAGCUUGAAGUGAGGAAGCAGGGUGGGAGUGGGAUGACGACGUGUCCUGGGGCACCACCCUUCGUCGUUGCCUAACUUGAUGGCCAGCGGCUGGGGCUGAGGAGGCGGUGUAGUGAUCUCCCCAGUCCUUAGCAUGAGUGCACUAAGGACGGUGGGGUUCUGGGCCAGGCUGGCGAUGAUGGCCGAGAGAGCGGCUUGGAGCUGAGGGUCAACGGCGGAAGAAGCCGACUGCCCCAAGGCAUUGUCGCCCUUCUCCAGGUGCUUCUUUUCCAGGCCGAUGCGGGCGUCGAGGGCACCGCCGUUGAGCUGAUGGCGAAGAUCAUUCGUGAGGUCGAUGGCCUCCUGGAAAAACAUCCCCGCCCGCGGCCUUGUCGGCCGUAGCGUCCUCCUCGUGUUCCCUGUUCUUUUGGGCCUCGGGGAUCGUCUUGUCGAGGAGGUUGCGGUUUGACUUAGUUCUUCCCAUGAUCAAUUAGUUGUGCUUGGUAGCGACGAAGGAUUGUUCUAGCUCUCAAUGAAAGCACCAAAUGAUAGAGUAUUAACUCCUAGAGAGAAAUGAGAGCUAGAGAGAGAAGUGCAAUAAAUACUUGCUAUUAAUUAUUUGUGAACCCCCUACAACUACUCCCAAGGGGAGUAUUUAUAGAGGAAAUUGGGGUUGGGCUACCAAGUCUUGGGCUUGGGAGGCUCAUUUACAAUUGGGCCACUACUGGGCCGAGUACAAAGAAUGUAAAAAUGACUAAGUAUGGAAUCCGGUUAUGUGAGCUCUUUAAGGCCGACGAGGGUCUGGCCGACGGAGCCAUGGCCGACGGUGACACCCGGUUCUCUUGUCUUCUGGGUCAUAUUCUGAGUUUAUAUCUUUCUGGCCGAUGGAGGGCCUACUGGCCGACGGAGGCCCCACUGGGUGACAGAUGUGCCUCUUAUCCUUCUGAGUAUGUGGGUCCUGGGGUCCAGACCCAUAUACUCCAUCAAUGUUCAUUAUCAAUUCUAAAAAACGUUUUCAAUAUUGGUAUGAAUUAAAUUACUUCUAUAAUAUUAUAAAAC